AUGGCAAAAUGCACGAUAGUUCUGGAAGGACACCUUGGGCUAGCCAAAGUGUGUUUGAAGUACUUGGCAGGGAAGGAGAUGCAGCCGACGCGUGGCAACAAGACGUCCAAAAGGAAGGUGACUCUGCUGGAAAGGACGUCGGCGUUUGCGGCUUACGCUACUACCAACUUCUCGGUGCAUCUUGUCAACUAUCGACCCGAGCACAACCUUGUACAGAACUGGGGCAUUGAUCUGAUCCGGAUCGUGGCAAAGUUUGGACAUGAUCUUCUGCUUGUGCCGGAGAGCAUGAUCACCUUGCUUCCGGUCGUCUGCCCUACAACUUCUUGCAUUCGACGGCAGUACUACUCGACGCCGGCCUCUGAUUUGCGAGUGCGCGGCGAAGAAGUCACUGAGGUUUCAUUCAACUCGGUCGAAAUCAUCCAGAUAUGGAUCACGAGAGUAGACGAGGCCAUGGAGCUCACGUCUUCAGGGGCUUCUCCUGUGGACCUAUGCUGGCGAUUCACCCCGGCCGACGACAACCAAGAUCAGUUCAAGCUUGUCGAUAAGCCGAUAGAAACAUUCAUUCGCCCAAAGAAAAACAGUGAGGAUGAUAUCAGAGUAGGCCUUGGGCCUGGUAACCGACCCAGGGGAGAGCUGAAGCGUUCGGAUACCGACGACAGCGCCUCUACUGCACAAAGCAACAAUAGGAGCUGA